AUGAGCCAACUGGGUUGUCAGAAGCGGCUUGCGGCCGCUGUGCUGGGAUGUGGUCAGAAGAAAAUCUGGCUGGAUCCGAAUGAGAACUCGACCAUCGCGUCGGCUAAUUCUAGGAAGCUUAUCCGCAAGCUCUACAAGGAUAAUUUGAUAAUUAGGAAGCCUGUGACUGUGCAUUCGCGCUCGCGUGCAAGGCGUCAGCUUAUCGCUAGGCGACUUGGUCGGCAUACUGGCGUGGGGAAGAGGAAAGGUACGGCAGAUGCUCGUAUGCCUCAGAAGGUGCUUUGGAUGCGCAGAAUGCGGGUACUGCGCCGCCUUUUGAAACGUUACAGGGCUUCUCACAAGAUCGAUAAGCACUUGUACCAUCACUUGUAUCAGCAGUGCAAGGGUAAUAUUUUUAAGAACAAGCGCAUCCUUAUUGAUCACAUCCAUAAGAAGAAGUCGGAACGUCUUCGGGCCAAGCAGUUGAGUGAUCAAGCCGAGGCGAUGCGUCAACGCAAACGCGAGGCGAAGGUUCGUCGAGAAGAGCGUCUUGUGGAGCGCAGGAAGAAGAUGUUGUUGGGUGCUGCCGCGGCUGUCGUUCAACCGGCUGCGAAGUCGGUUAAGGAGCAGGCGAAGGGUGAGACCUCGAAAGCAGUUGCUCCUCCUAAGAAGUCAGAGAUGGUGAAAGUUGGAACCAAGAAAGUGGGAGGUUUGAGUAUUGAUGUCAAGAGGGGUGAAGCAUCAGAGCCUGAAGCUAAGACGGCAACAGUGGCGGCGAGGGCGACAGGGACGAAGGCUGGUGGGAAAAAGGCGGAAGCACCCAAAGUUGAGACGAAGAAGACUGAGUCGAAGGCUGGUCUUGCUCCUAAGGGUGAGGCUUCGAAGCCAGCAAAAGGAGCGUCCAGUUUGAAGACAUCGAAAACUCCUGCUCCUCCUCCUAAGCUGCCGACUGCCCAAGCU